AUGGACAGAGGAGCCCAAGGAGCUCAUAAAACAGACAACGAAGAGUUGAAAGAAGCAAGUGACCACAGCAGCACCACCAACGAAAACGCCAGCACCAUGAUCAAUCCCUUCAUCCACAACACUACUGACCGUGCUACCAACAGCGCCAAUGAUGCGGCUCCCAGAAGCCCCAUGGCUUCAAUUGCUGCCGCUCCUGUCGUCGGUAAGGCCGUGGAUCCAAGCCACUUUCCCACCCAGCUCUACAAGAUGUUGCAAGAGAUUGACAACAACUCUGGCGCUGCCGCCGAAUUGGCAGACGGCGAUGCCUUCUCAAGUAUUGUCUCCUGGCAACCUCAUGGCAAAUGCUUGCUGAUCCAUGACGAGGAAAAGUUCGACAAGUCCGUCUUGCCCAAGUACUUUUGCCGUCUCAAGUUCACAAGCUUCCAGAGGCAGCUGCAUUUCCAUGGUUUCAAGCGCCUCUGCAAACAGGGCCCUGACAAAGGUGCCUACUACCAUGAGCUCUUUGCUCGAGGCAUGCCGGAAUUGGCCACCUACAUUCAGCGGGUCAAGAGCACCAAGGGAAUGAGAGGCCGCAAGCGCAAGUCCCAAGAUCAGGAACCCGACUUUUACAAGCAAGGCGCCAUUACCAUGCACGAGGCAAUUGCCAGGGCCACAGCCAACGGCACCCUGACCGGAAACGACUCCCCAUUGAUGGCUGCCACCAAUCGAAACAGCUCGAUGGUGGAAGCAUCCGUCAACUUGCCGCCAAUGGCAUCCCAGUUGAACGACAUGUCGGAUAUUGUCCGCCUCGAGCCUACUCCCCUUGCACCCGGUCGGGGCCAGCGCAACCUGCACGCAGGUCUGCCCGCAGGUCUGCCCGCAUCGGAAUCCAAGCAAGACCCGGACAGCGUUUCCAGGGACGAUGGUGGGGUUGCCAAGCUGCCCACCCGCAUGGAACUGUCCGCUUUGCAAAUGAUGCAAGGAGGCGCCGCAAGCUCGGAUCAAGGUCUCGGCAUGGAACGGGGCGCGGGGUUCCUCUCUGGAGGUGCCAAUUUGGGUAUGCCUUCGGGCCCCCGAAGUGAUGAUGAGCUCCUCAUGAUGUUUGGAAAUACCGUUGACCGGGCAAACAACGAAGGUGUGCCAAUGAACCUCAACCACGCUCCUGCCUCCUCCCUCCCACUGGCACUCGCCAACAGUGAUCUCGACAUGUCUGCCAAUAAUGGAGCACAGCAGCUGAUGUUCCCAAGCACAAUGGAACAGCAGCAACAGCGACUUCAGCAGCAAGCCGACAUGGAAGAUCAGCUGCAGCAACACAUCCUGCGUCAGAUGGAUGAACAAAGACGAAGAAGAGUAUAG